AUGGUAAAUGCUUACAAAUUGUGGAAAAACGAAGUUUCUCGAUUAUGGCUGACGAGCUCUUUCUUACUUGUGGGCAUAAUACAUAUGAUCAGUAGUGGUCAAGCCACUGCCUCUUUAAACUAUCCGCAUAUUGUGCCGGACGUGAGUAUGCACAAUAUAAUACCGAAUGGCAAAGAAAAUAGUUUAACGGAAACAAAAACGCUGCAAAAUUUAACUUGGCAGCAUUUUAAUUACGGUGCAAAAUCACCAACUAAUAUUGACAGUGAAAAAUUGAGUAAAACCAUAAUUCAGAGCCUUGCAUUAAUAUUACAGGAGACAUUAAUGUCACUCGGUACAAGCAAUGUUACGAUCCAAACGAACUUUAAACCUGUAAUGCUUACUAUUUAUAUCAUUGCCAACACUAUUUCCCCAUCGAAUACACAGUGGCUCAAAGAUACGCGAAAUCCAAAUGAUUUACUGCAGGCAGACAAUGCAAGAUUUCUUAGCCGUGAAAGUCUAUUUAAUCUAUAUAAUGAGGCUUAUGGAGUUGAAAUAAAAGCCACACAGCAAGGCUACCAAGAGCUACUAUUCACAAAAACCGAAACAAAUCAAGAAAACAUGAAAACUUGCCAGUCUUGUCAAUUGCGUGAAAAAGCGAAAAUCAGGAGCAUCGAAUCCAUUAAGCAUCAAAUUUUAAUGCGCUUGCAGUUAUCACGAUUACCUAAUAUAACUAAACCCAAUACGGUUCCACAUAUCAUUAUAGACAAGUUUUAUAGAAACUUUAAUAGUGCUCGUGCAAGCAAACGAAAUAUUGCUCACUAUUAUACCGAAUUUGAUACUAUGAAACUUGUUACAAACGAUUUGUUCCAUAAUUCACAUACCUUUGUUCGAGGACUAACUCAUACUGAAGAAAAUGUUGCACUUCCGCCUUCAUAUACCAAAUUAGCCGCAACCCAUGCAACUCAAUAUCAGUUUGGCCAGCAACGACCUUUUGAGCUAUCAAAUACGAAGACCAAAUAUCAAUCGUUUCAUAGACUACACAGUAAACAUGGACAUUUUACUAUUACUUCGAGAGAUAACCGCGAUAAUUUGUCGGAUGGGACUGAUUUUGAGCACGAGGAAGAAGAUGUAGAUAUACAAAAUGAUGGUGAAGGACAUAGGUAUAAUAAUUAUCAGCAGCAAAUUCGCCACAUUAAUAGGAAAAGAGAGCAGCAGAUUACAGAAGACCGGGCAAAAUUAUAUCAACAAAAAAAAAGUCUUACUUACAGUGGAAAUGAUAACAGCUAUGAUACCUAUCAUGAUAAUAUUGGAGAUAUAGAUCAUGAAUCGUACUCGCACGUUAACGCAAUGUAUAUUUUUCCAACAGCUCCUCGCGUCCGGCAUAAUCGAAGAUGGGAAAUAAUAAAUUUUAAAUUUGAUCAUAACGAUUUGACAAUAGUUCGAACAAUAAUUCAUCUUUAUAUUCGAGGACGUGAAUGGAUGCGUGAGCAUUGUCCUGAGAUUUUGGAACAAAAGCAGGCCGAUGGUAGAAUUAAAAGCCGAAGCGAUCUUGUCAUUAUGAUUCAUCAUGUCGCACAGCGUUCAAAUAACCAAAACAUUACUUAUACGUUAAAGUUAGUGGAGAGCCGCCAUCGAAUACCAUCCGGUUUAGGGCAAUGGCUGCAAUUCGAAAUAAAAAAAAAACCAAUAAACUGGCUGAAUCAAGACUCGGUAAUAAUGUCACUUGCAAUUAAGACACAAGAGUCGUGGAUGAGGCCGUUUUUAGCAAUCGACACAGAGGAUGCACAGAACAAACAAUUCCCACUAUAUAUUGAAGCGCUGAUUAAGCAACCCCGUCGGAGAAAACGAAGCACAUCAUUGGAUUGUCAAGAGAGUGAUCACGAAGUUCGUUGCUGUCGAUAUCCCUUGAAAGUAAAUUUUACUAAUUUUGGGUGGAACUUUGUUGUGGCGCCGACAUCAUUUGAUGCAUAUUUCUGUAAUGGGGAGUGUAAAGUAGGGUAUUUGGAACAGUAUACUCAUACACAUAUCGCCUCUUUAACAACUUCAGCAACACCCUGCUGCUCGCCAACCAAAAUGAGUCCUUUGAGCUUACUUUAUUUCGACCAAGAUCAUAAUUUAGUAUUAAGUACCAUACCUAACAUGUCAGUGGAGAAAUGUAGUUGCUCAUAAGAAAAUCAUAAAUUUAAAACCACUAUUUUAACAUUUGUUCGAAUAGCUGAAACCCUUUUGAUGGUGUUGACAUCCAGCUAUUUAUGUAUUGUCUGCAGAAGAGGAUCCAGUGCUGAUCCGACAAGGAUAAAUGUUGACGACAAUACCAAUUUAAAUUAUACUCGAUAAAAUUUACAAAUAGGUAUAAGUAUUAGGUAAUUAAAUUUGACCACGUAAAUUACAAGCUACAAAAUUUGAUAUUUCCCCUCAAAUUAUUUGACAACGAAUGAACUAAAUAGCUUUUAAGAAAUAUAAAUUGUUUCAAUAGACAAAUAUGUAUAUAUUGUUAUAGUAUUAUAAAGAGUAACUGAUAGAAUUGAGCGACAUGAGAGUAACUUAACCUUGAACAAUACAAAUACAUCUAUGUGAAUUUCAUUCAAAGGUGAUUUAGUAUGGGAAAAAUAGAAUGAAAAUAUGAUAUGUAGAGCAGAGCUGCCCUUAUAUUCUAGCUCGGUAGUAGCUCUGCAAUAACAUUCCAUUGAAUCUUUCCCGAGCUUCUAAAGCGGCUAGCUUACUGGCUAGUCGGCAUAGUAUUCUUUGACUGGUUUUAACGAAUACGGUUUGAGCAUGACCAUCUUUUGCUUUGAUGACAUCUUCUAUGACACCUUUCAUCUACUGGCUACGUGGCAUACUUACUUAUUUUACUAGCGUAGACACCGCUUACGUGAUUAUAGCUGAUUUAACA